UUUUUAUUUCAGACUUUGCUAGAGUAGGGAGCCAUUCGUGGUCUUUCUUGCUCGACUCUCCUUUGCGAUUCGAUUUUGACUGAAGUCAAAAAUCUCCGAACGACUCUCGCUUGCUUAAGGGUGAGCUGGAAAUAACAUUCAACCUUUAAAGGAAACUGACGCACGACGUAACGAUUUUUUUGGUUGUCCGAUUUGAAAAUACCGUCGCAGUUAAAAAAAACGUUACAUAAUUUUUGAAUUUGUCGUUGCGUCAUCCCUUUUCUCUAUUGCAGCGAUCAAUUGUAUCACCGUAUUGUUUAAAAGAAAGUUUUCAACAAACCACAGUUUUAUUGCUAUUUUCGAGUUUAAUCGGUUAUCAUUUUGCUGUGUAAGGGGAGCUUUGUCAGACCCAAAGAAUCAGUUAACGUCGUUUCUUAAAGUUCAAAUUUAGGAAAAAAAGGUAUAUAUUUUACAAGGAAAUAUCUUUAUAAGAAACGAUUGCUUUUUGUUUCGGAAGCUCUAUAACAUCAUCUGAUCCACUGUUUCACAUUGAUAAAAAGGGAUAAGUGAUUUUUUCAUUGCUGUGAAAAAAAGAAAAAAACAAAAACAAAACAAAAAAGAAAAAAAAAGAGGCCUACAUUAAAAAAAAAAGAAGAAGCAAGCGAAGAUGCCUGCUGUUCUCUCCACUGUCGCUAAGGGCGUCCGAAAAGUGCUCGACAAGUACCCGGUGACGCGAGGCAUGGUGGCCUACGCGCUGCUGUGGCCGGCAGGAAACCUCGUGCAGCAGAGUCUCGACGCCUCGCGUGCUUCCUUCGACCUGUGGGAAGCCCUGAGGUAUGGGCUCUACGGCUCUUGCAUCAACGCCCCGCUCCUCUACAGGUGGAUCAAGACCAUGACAUACCUCAUUCCGGGAAAUUCGCUGAGACACGCCAUUGCCAAGGGCUACGUGGACCAGCUGGUGUUUGCUCCCUUCAAUAUUUCGCAGUUCUUCCUGGGAAUGUCGCUUCUUGAGGGCAAAGCGGUGGACGAGAGCAUCUCCGAAUGGCAAGACAAGAUGCUGCCGACUUGGCUGGUGAGCCUCUCCAUCUGGCCGAUCAUACAGACCCUCAACUUCAGCCUGGUGCCGGAGAAGAACCGCGUGAUGGCGAUCUCCCUCGGCUCCUUCUUCUGGAUGGUGUUCCUCUCUUACGUGCACCACACCCGCACCGAGGACCUGCCCGCCGAGCUCACCACACGCCGCGUUCACUACGACUACAAGCACGGACCGCGAGAGGCCAUCGAGACGUGGGUGACAGCCGCAGCGAUCUCCUCGAACGCGGCCGCCUUGCCUAGGCCUGAAGGCUGGGGUUCUGUAUUCGCUACGACGGCCCACUGUUAUUCUGCGAAGAAUGAGAAGUCAUCCCAUGAGGAACGUGACCUCACUGCCAAGAAGACAGGGGAUUCAUUAAGUUGUACGAACGGGAAGAUGAUGUCCACAGCAUGUGACGUCAUUAGGAAAGAAUGAACCGUGCGGGUUGAGCAAACAAGACGUAAUGAUACAUCUGGAAGGAAUGAUUCGUAUGGCUGUGAGGAGAGGAAAGAGCGAUACAUCUGGCUGGAAGGAAUGCUCCGUCCGAUUUUGGAAAUGGGUCUCCUUGUCGGUAGAAAGCUUUGGCACUUGUCAAAUAAGCAUGAGGCUCCAUCCACAUGGGAGUAGACUACAAUGAUAAGAUAGAGAGAGAGGAGAGAGAGAGAGAGAGAGAGAGAGAGAGA